AUGGCCGACGUACCUCCCCCCACCCCGUCCGAGCUUCUUCGGAUGGUAACUGAGCUCCAGCAAGCAAAUCAACGUAUGGCUGAAGCAAAUCAGCGCAUGGCCGAGGAAAAUCAAAGAAUGCAACAACAAAUUCAACAAUUGGCUAAUGCUCGCUUGGAACAUAACAAUGAUCAUUCUAUUUCGCGCUUCCGGGAACUAGCAAAGCAGUUUGAAGACCAUUUCGCAGCAUCAGCAAUUUACCUGCAUGAUUCCGAUUAUCUGACUACCAUUAAGCAAGGUCCGCAAGAAAGUUUGAAGGACUAUAUUACCUGUUUCACAAAGAUCGCCAUGCGAAUUCCCGAUCUUCACCCAGAGGUCCACUUGCACGCCAUUAAAAGCGGCCUUCGCCCUGGUAAAUUCCAAGAAGCUAUUGCAGUAGCCAAGCCAAAGACUCUGGCCGAGUUUAGAGAAAAGGCCAAAGGGCAGAUAGACAUCGAAGAGCUCCGCCAAGCAAGACGAGCAGAAAAGUCGGCCUUUGCAAAAGACGAUGAUAAACCUCGGGAGAGCAAGAAAAGUUUCAAGCCCGUGCCUCGCUACGAGUCGUACACUCAGUUCAACACAAAGAGAGAUGACAUCAUCAAGGAAAUAUUAAAUUCCAAGUUAAUCAAACCUCCCCGUAAAGCUGGUAGUUACCCUGAGACAAAGAAUGUUGAUAAAUCCAAAUACUGCACAUUUCACCAAAAACAUGGCCACACAACCGACGAAUGUGUGAUUGCCAAAGAUCUCCUGGAGCGCUUAGCGCGGCAAAGACACCUUGAUAAAUUCAUUGCAGGACACAUGCAAAAACGUCAAACUCCAAACUCCGACCAACCUGCAACAGCCUCAUCGUCUAAAGAGAAAGACAAAACCCUGGCUCAACCUAGAGGGGUGAUUAACUGUAUUUCAGGAGGUUACGCUGGCGGAGGAGAGACAAAUUCGGCAAGAAAGCGCACAUACAGAGCUAUGUUGGCAGUUGAACAAUCUCCCAGCAAUCCGUAA